AUGGAUGGUCGGGCUGCAGCUGCAGCGUUGACUACAGCAGUGCAGCAGUUGCCAGACGUGUUUUGCCAUGGGUUGUUGGAGCAGUUGCGGGCGACUCUGGACACGUUUACGCUCAAGGUUGUCACACCCACCAGUGCGGAGCGAGAAGCGAAGCGUGAGUUAUUUAACAGCUUCACCGAGUUCCUGCGCAAAGCCAUGCAGGACCGAAUCGCCAUUGCCGUGGCAGGCUCCACCGCGUACGAAGUGGAUGCACGCAACAGUGACCUAGACGUGGUCCUGCUCACCUCUUGGGGCGCGCCCAACUACGUUUUACAAAGCGUCGUCCACUACCUGUCCAUGACCCAAGCGCUCCACAACAGAGCAGCAAACUGGCCUCUGAAGAACGUGCAGCUGCAGCUAGUUGAUAGCGCGCGGGUUCCAGUGUUGGUAGUGACGACGCCGAGUGGGCUGGUUUGCGAUGUGUCGGUGAACACGGUGAAUUCGAUAAAGCACACGGAGUACUUCAAGCGUGUGUUGGCCUCGACACCGACAUUGAGGCCUUUAUUGCGAUUGGUCAAGUACUGGACGAAAGCGCGUAAACUACCGGCAGCCAAGGAGGGAGGAUUGCCAGGUAUAGUGUGGAUGAUUUUGGCCUGCACCUACGGCUCUUGUCCUGCCCCUAUUUUCCUUAAGGCCGUACAUCGCCCCACCAAUGACGGACUCUCACGAACACUCAGCCACAUCGACGGCACCGUACCCAUCUUCGCACGACUAUACCGCUUCUUCCACCUCUGCAGCAAUCGGGACCUCAUGUCACGCACUAUCACAUCUAGCGACAAACUCUGCUUCCCAAAGAGCAAAAAACAUGUCGCGCAACGUGUCGCCAGUGCAGCUAACUUUUGCG